AUGUCUUCAGAUGAGGAAAAAUUCUCACCUCCAGUUUUGCCAAAUGACUCCGAUCGAGGCAGUUCUGUCUCAUCAGAUCUUCAGGAAGAGUAUGAAGAACUGCUUCGUUAUGCUAUAGUGACUCCAAACAUUGACUCAAGCACUUCACAGCCAUCUCAUCCUAAGGGAGAAGUGGUGCCCGAUGUUAGAAUCCCUACUGUAAUUGAUGAUAUUCUUCAUAAUCAAGGAAAUAACCUUGUAGUAAGAGAAACUCAAAUGGAAAUUGGAAAAGGAUGUGAUUUAAAUAUGUCACCUCAUUCAAAGACAGAUGGGUCAUCGCCAAGGAAGCCCACCCACCCAGUAAUGGAUUUUUUCAGCUCACAUCUUUUAGAUGACUCUUCCUCGCCAGUGUCUAAUGCUAGUCAUGCAGCAGACAUCCAUGAAGUAGUUGUGAAUGAUUUUCUUAUUUCCGAUGAAAACCUUCAGAAGAUGGAAAAUGUGCUUGAUCUUUGGAGUUCAGGUCUGAAGUCAAACGUCAUAUCUGAACUAAGUAAAUGGAGACUUAAUUUUGUUGACUGGCAUCGGAUGGAAAUGAGAAAGGAGAAAGAAAAACACGCAGCACAUUUAAAACAACUGUACAACCAGAUCAGUGACUUGAAGGAGCUGCAGAAAACUUACGAAGUCUCCAUUGGAAGAAAAGAUGAGGUGAUUUCUAGCUUGUCCCAUGCCAUAGGCAAGCAGAAGGAAAGGAUAGAGUUGAUGAAAACAUUCUUCCACUGGCGAAUUGGCCAUGUCAAAUCCAGACAGGAUGCUUAUGAAGGUAAACUAGCUGACCAGUACUUCCAGAAGACUUUAUUGAAGAAAGUCUGGAGAGCCUGGCAUUCCACGAUACAAAAGCAGUGGAAAGAGGUGGUGGAACGAGCUUGUCAAGCAAGAGCUGAAGAAGUCUGUGUCCAGAUUUCUAACGAUUAUGAAAACAAAGUUGCUGUGUUAUCUGGAGCUUUGGAAAAUGCAAAGGCUGAGAUCCAAAGAAUGCAGCAUGAAAAAGAGCAUUUUGAAGAUUCCAUGAAAAAAGCCUUCAUGAGGGGGGUGUGUGCAUUAAAUCUGGAAGCCAUGACGAUGUUUCAGAACAGAAAUGAGGAGUUAGGAACGGACAUUACAAAUAAAAGGGAAGACUAUGCUCCUGGUGUUCAAGUAAAAGAACCUUCUGCUCAUUUGGAUUCUUCAGCCCCUCCGAUGCCCUCACUGGUUGUUCCGCCACCACGGUCACCAACACCAGCAGCAACAGUGACAAUAGGGACGGCUAGCGCCGCUGCUGCCCCCUCUGCUGCUUCUACUACUUCUGCUGUGACUGCUUCUGCCCCUGCUGUUCAUGUCCCUGUUCCUGUUCCUCUUGUUGCAGUGUCCACAGCUGCCACUGGACCAGAAGAAAUGUAUGUGCCAAGAGUUGUGACAUCCGCACAACAGAAAGCUGGAAGAACAAUUACAGCCCGGGUCACAGGGCGAUGUGAUUUUGCUUCAAAAAAUAGAAUUAGUAGUGGUUUAGCUAUAAUGGGAGUUUCUCCUCCCAUGAGCUCAGUUGUUGUGGAAAAGCAUCAUCCUGUCACAGUGCAAACCAUUCCUCAAGCUACAGCAGCAAAAUAUCCUCGGGCUAUCCGUCCUGAAAGUAUUACCUCUGCUUCUCGAUCUCUUGGAACCAGAUCAACUCACACCCAGUCUCUCACAAGCAUCCAUUCCAUAAAAGUUGUUGACUAA